AUGGAGGGCAAAAACAAGACCAGAGUCACCGAGUUCAUCCUUCUAGGGUUUCAGAAUGAGAAAGAAGUAGAAGUGCUUCUCUUUGUUGUAUUCCUUCUCAUGUACAUGAUAUCUCUGAUUGGUAAUACCAUGAUUAUCCUUUUGGUGUGUGUUGACUAUCGUCUCUACUCACCUAUGUAUUUCUUUGUAGCCAAUCUUUCUUUCCUUGAGGUCACCAUCACCUCCACAGUGGUGCCAAAGAUGCUGGCCAACACUUUUUCACUCACCAAAGUAAUAUCCUUUACAGGAUGUCUUACACAGUCUUUCUUUUACUUCCUCUUGGGAUCUACAGAAUUCUUCAUCCUCGCUGUUAUGUCCUUUGAUCGAUAUGUUGCCAUCUGCAACCCACUGAAGUAUACCCUGAUCAUGAACAAGCAGACAUGUGUACUCUUGAUUCUGGGAUCAUAUGUGGGUGCAUUUUUGUCAAUUUUGGUAUCAUCAAUCUUAACUGCACCUCUGCCCUUUUGUGGGCCAAAUGUAAUCAAUCAUUUCUUUUGUGACAGUGCCCCAGUGCUAAAGCUAGCCUGUGCAGAUAUCUCUCUGGCUGAGCUGGCUGAUUUCAUCUCCUCUGCUGUACUGCUUUUGGGUUCCCUGCUCCUGACAGGAGUGUCUUACACCUACAUUGUCAUAACUAUCCUUAGGAUUCCCUCUGUCCAGGGAAGGCAGAAGGCUUUCUCCACCUGUGUUUCUCACAUUACUGUGGUCACACUUUAUUAUGGGAGCUCCAUCUUCAUCUAUGUUCAACCAAAAAAGAGCAAUGUUAUGGAUGUUAACAAAUUUGCCACUGUGCUGAACACUAUUGUAACACCAAUGCUGAACCCUUUCAUCUAUAGCCUCCGGAAUGAGAAAGUCAAAGAAUCCCUGAGAGAUGUUGUCAAUAAAUGUGUAAGUAGGGUAACAAAUUUAAGAUAUCAUAAAUGA